AUGAUGUGCUAUAUUGUAGAAUGUAUAUGUCAGGAACUACUUAAUUGCAAGGGAAUCGGGAUAAAAACCAGGGUUGAUGAUGAGAAGCUGUAUGGUAUAUUUAUAGACCUAGAGAUGAGUACAGCUAUGGAGGAAUGCGUUAUACUUGCGUUACAAGCGGUUGCUGCAGUUCGACUUGCAUUAGAAUCACCAAUUGGAGCUACUGAUCAAUCAAACAAUAGGCUGUCAAAACGAUCACCCGUUGAAUUGGGUGAUGAUGUUGCUCAAUGUUACGCAAUGAGAUCCAAUAUUGAUGGAGCUGAUUUGGAUUUACGAGUCGAUUCAUCAGUUUCCGGUAUAAUGGUACCACUUCCUAGUUCAAGCAACAAUGUAGGUUCGACUCCAGAAAGUAUUUCAAGUGGGAAGCCCGUUACUAUAAAGUACAAAGGCAAUGAGUAUAGAGGAAUCAGUUCCACAGCCGUUGUGACGAUUCCAAGUACUAGGAUAACUGGCAUCAAUUUACCAGUACUAUCAGUUGAAAAACAAUCGGCAGGUCUGGUUGGUAUUGGUGGAAACCCCGAUCAAGGAGUAUUUGGAUUUGGCUACUCCUCGUUGUCAAAUCAUCAUUCACGAGUCACUGCGAUAGAUGCUUUGUACAAUGGUGGUGUCAUUCCUAAAAACGAGGUUAGUAUUCAACUAUGUCCGUAUAAAAUGCUUUCAAAAAGCUCCAUCAAUAUAGGAAGUACGGAUGUAACUCCAAAAUGUGGAACGGAUGGAAAAAGUGUUGCAUGGGUACAAUCACCAUCAGACGAUCAAUUUACUGUCAACAUCAAGAAUAUACUAGUCAAUGGCAAACAAGUGAAGCUGCCGGAGGAAUUCCAAAAAAACCAAGGAAAGAAUGGACGUAUUUUGUAUUCAUAUAUACAUACAUGCUUUGUAUAUAUGUAUUUUCCUAGAGUAGUCGUGGCAGCGUUGGUUGAUGCCAUUGUUGGUAGUAAUGCGAUCACUGUCAAAAAAACUAAAUCCGAACACAAGCACAAGCUCAGCGAAACAGAAAUUGAAAAAGUAUUUUGGGAAAACCGUCUAAUCCUCAAAUCCAAACUUAAUAUCAAUUGGGGCAGGCUGCCGUCGCUUACAAUUACAAUGUUUGCUGAAAACCCCGUGACUGAUGACAAUCGCAACUCCGUUGUAACAAUCAAACUGGGUCCUCGAGACUAUCUACAAAGAGUCAAUUCCAAAGAAUCUAGAUUUACUGUAACAGCUGGUUCAAAUGACAAAGCAGUUCUUGGUAUACCAUUUAUGAACCGACUUCUAUUGACAUUUGAUCGAACACAUAAACGCAUUGGGUUUGGUCCUGGAUGUGGAUGCGAAACUGCGACUGAUGGAUAUCCUAUUAUUUCAAACAAUGAUCAGGUGCUCUGGCCAUUAACACAAUUGCCUAAACAACCAAGCGGUUCAAGUUCAGGUGACACAUCUACUCUCAGGAGAUCAUUUUCGCGAUUUGGUAGUACUCUCCGUGAUAGUAUUCGUCGUAGUAGUAGGCGGCUAAAGUUUAAUUACAAGAAAACUUGA